CCGGGUGAGGGGGCCGAAGGGAGCGCGUGGGGGCGCGCCGUGUGGCUGGUACGCGCGCGGCGGUCACGUGUUCCCGUGCUCCCUGCCGCCCCCUCCCCCCCAGCCGGUCGCCUCCUGUACCGCCGCCGCGGCCCGCCGCUUUGUGAAGACGGCAAGAUGGCGGCCAGUAACUAUUACGGCUUCGCGCAUGGUGCUGCCGCCGCCGGGCCCCAGUACAGCACUCAACCUGCUACAGCUUAUUCCCACCCAACCACUGCGGCAAGCUACACUGUCCAGCAAGCUCCUGGGGUGGCACAUACUGUGACCCCAUCUUAUGCUCCCACAGUGCAGGCUGCUAGGCCAGUUGCAACUGCUGCCUAUGGAGCAUACCAAUCGCAUUCAGGACAGGACUAUGGUUAUGGAACUCGGCCGCAGGAACCUCCCCCCCAGCCUACGACAACACCAAACUACCAGGAAUUUCAUAUACAGGAUGGUUACAGUUAUGGACGGUCUACAUCUGCAAGCAGCUAUGAGAGCAAACAGUACUACCAGCCAGUUGCUACCCAGCCUCAACACACUGCCACAGACUCGUACUACCAGUCAAGCUCCAAAGGUGGCUACAGUCAAUCUAGUGGUAUUUAUAGUCAGAGCCAGCCACAGAGACAGGUGACUACAAUUAAGCCAGUUCAAACAGUGAGCGCCACAUCUUCAAGCUACAAUGCCUACCCAACAGUAACAACUGUUCAGCAGAAUGCAUCUGCCUCCUCCAUCUCCUCGUACACCCCCUCCUCUUCAUACAACUCCACUUCUGCAUCAUACUCUGGGUCAAAUUACUCCAGUUAUGAUGCCACAGCAUACACAGCAGCUAGCACUUACUAUCAGCCACCUCAGCAGCCCCAGGCCCAGCAUCAGCAGCCGCCACCCCCGCCACAGCAACCGAAAUCUACGAGCUCUUCUUCAUGGAGCAGCACAGCGAACAGCACCACCACCAACUCUAGCAACAGCUUCAGCAAAAAAACACCUUUUCAAAACAAACAGCUGAAACCCAAAGGGCCCCCUAAACAGCCUCAGCUUCACUACUGUGAUAUCUGCAAGAUCAGCUGUGCUGGUCCACAGACUUACCGGGAGCACUUGGAAGGACAAAAGCACAAAAAGAAGGAGGCAGCUCAGAAGACGGGUAACCUGGCAAACUGUGGCCCUCGUGGGGUGCAGACUCAGCUUCGAUGCGAGCUCUGUGAUGUCUCCUGUACAGGAGCAGAUGCAUAUGCAGCACAUAUCCGGGGAGCGAAGCAUCAGAAGGUUGUUAAAUUGCAUACUAAAUUGGGGAAGCCCAUCCCUUCAGUAGAGCCUGUAGUAGUGAACUCUGGUUCAGGUCCUACCAUCGCUGCAGCAAGUAAGCCAGCUGCCCAUGCCCCUACAGCUACAUCUGUUCCAUCAACAAAACCAACAGCUGUAGCAACUAACAGUGCAAGCAACAUAAGCAAGCCAGUGCCAGCGAAGAAACCUGUUGCAUCCAAGAUAACAUUUUCAGGGACUAAUAAACUUCAGGCAACAAGCAUCAAAUUGGAGGAAGUGAAGGUGAUGCAACCAAAAUCAGAGCUACAAAAUGAACAGUCCACGCAUGAUGGCUCUGGGGAUGGCCCAGGGGGUUUAUUUGACGUACAACCUGUGGGACAUGACUAUGUGGAAGAGGUACGCAAUGAUGAAGGAAAAAUGAUCCGGUUUCACUGUAAGCUCUGCGAGUGCAGUUUCAAUGAUCCUAAUGCCAAGGAUAUGCACCUGAAGGGGCGUAGGCAUCGGCUCCAGUACAAGAAGAAAGUAAACCCAGAUCUACCAGUUGAGAUCAAGCCCAGUAACCGAGCUCGGAAAAUGCACGAGGAGAAGAUGAAAAAGCAGAAACAGAAGGAUAUGAUAAAGAGACGCAGAGAGGAAGAGCAGCGUUGGCACAUGGAAAUGAGGCGCUAUGAAGAGGAAAUGUACUGGCGGCGGGUAGAGGAAGAGCAGUUAUACUGGGAAGAGCAGCGGCGUCGGAUGGCUGCAGACUGGCAUCCACCCCCACUUAUGGGCAGACCUGGCAUGCCAGUUCCUCCUCUCUUGCCUACUAGACGUCCAGACUCUUCUGAUGACCGUCACAUCAUGACAAAACACUCUAGCAUCUACCCAACAGAAGAGGAGCUGCAGGCCAUCCAGAAGGUCGUCUCCCAUUCUGAACGUGCUCUUAAGCUCGUCUCUGAUUCAUUGACAGAGCAAGAAUCUGACAGAGAAGAAGAUGAUGAAGAGAGGGGGAAAGCAGAAACUGCACCCCGAAUUCUGAAAGGUGUAAUGCGAGUUGGCAUUCUGGCAAAAGGGCUUCUGCUCCAAGGAGACAGGAAUGUUCAUCUUAUCCUACUCUCUGCCCAGAAACCUACACACACCCUCUUAAAGAACAUCACAGAGCAGCUGCCCAAGCAGCUUUCAACGUUAACUGAAGAUGAGUAUGAAGUUUCAUCCGAUGCUGAGGAAGCAAGUAUACUCAUCUGUUCGUACAAGGAACCAAAAAUGCAGGUCACCAUUUCAGUCACAUCUCCUCUCAUGAGAGAGGAUGCUUCUGCUGACGAAGAAGCAGCAGCAGAAUCUCAGCCUGACCCCUGUGAUAUUUUGAGUCAACAGAAAUGCCUAGAGUCAUUGGCUGCCCUUCGUCAUGCUAAAUGGUUCCAGGUGAUUGCUGCUGGAUUCCCCAGAGCAGCUGUGGAUGCGCUGAUGAGCCAGGCAGCAUGUCAACAAAACGCUGGUUGCCGGGAACGCAGUGCAUCACCAAGCACGACCACACCAAGCCCAAAGCCCACGAGCUCGCCUUCCGCAAGGGUGACAUCGUCACCAUCGUCAAGAUCUGCGAGCUGGUUCCACGGGAAGAUCUCCGGUGUGGAGGCCGUGCAGGCGCUCCAGCCCCCUGAGGACGGGCUCUUCCUGGUGCGGGAGUCCAUCCGGCACCCCGGGGACUACGUGCUGUGCGUCAGCUUCGGCAAGGAGGUCAUCCACUACCGCGUCAUCUACCAGGAGAACCAGCUGAGCAUCGAUGCUUCCAUCUCCUUCUACAACCUCAUUGACAUGAUCGAGCACUAUAUGAAGGACCAGGGGGCCAUCUGCACCAAGCUGGUAAAACCCAAACCAAAGCCCGGCAUGAAGUCUGCUGAGGAGGAGCUGGCCAAGGCCGGCUGGUUACUGAAACUGCAGCACCUCACACUGGGAGACAAGAUUGGGGAAGGAGAAUUCGGAGCCGUCCUGCAGGGAGAUUACAUGGGGCAGAAAGUGGCCGUGAAGAACAUCAAGUGCGACGUCACCGCCCAGGCCUUUCUCGCUGAGACCGCUGCCAUGACGAAGGUCCGUCACAAAAACCUGGUGCGGCUGCUGGGCGUGAUCCUGCACAACGGCCUCUAUAUCGUCAUGGAGUACAUGAGCAAGGGGAACCUGGUCAACUUCCUGCGGACACGCGGCAGAUCCGUCCUCCAGCCCAAGCAACUCAUCCAGUUCGCCCUGGACAUCUCCCAGGGGAUGGACUACCUGGAGUCCAAGAAGCUGGUGCACAGGGACCUUGCUGCCCGCAACAUCCUGAUCUCAGAGGAGAACGUGGCCAAAGUGAGUGACUUCGGCUUGGCCAAGGUGGACCCGAAAGGCGUAGACGACACCAAGCUGCCAGUCAAGUGGACGGCUCCGGAGGCCCUGAAAAAUAAUAAAUUCUCAACCAAGUCGGACGUCUGGAGCUACGGGAUCCUCCUGUGGGAACUGUUCUCCUAUGGCCGGGCGCCCUACUCCAAGAUGACUCUGAAGGAAGUGACGGAGAUGGUGGAGAAGGGGUACCGGAUGGAGGCCCCUGAGGAAUGCCCGCCCUCCCUCUACACCCUGAUGAAGAGCUGCUGGGAGAUAGAGCCGGGGAAGCGGCCUUCCUUCAAGAAGCUCACUGAGAAGCUGCAGAAGGAGCUGAAGCACAUAGGGGACAGUUAGCCCUGGUGGCUCUGCUCCCAGGGCCGCAACAGCCGCAACAGCCGACUCCCUGCUCCUGCACGAGGCUGAGAGACUGGUCCCAAAGGGCCCGUAUUUACCCUGGAAGCCCUAGCAUGUCCCUGCCACGAGCACAGCUCUCCGAGAGCGCAUACAGGCUGGGAACAGACUGGCAUCGUGUGCCCCAUGGGUACAUGCACGCCGGGGGGGGUGCUCAGUUCUGAACCAGACCUGCCAGGUUUCUGAUUCAUUCAGGAUGAGUCUGGUCAGACGGCCCCCUGGAUCACAAUCUGGUGGCCAUAUGCCCCCCUGUCCACUCGCCACAAACCACAGCUCAGGGACGGCCGGGAGGAGUGUGUCCCGUUGCGCCAAGCCAGCAGCGCCCUCCUGUGGCGGGUGCUCGAGCAUGUGAGCCCUUGACAUUCCUGCAAUCAGCGCAAAUGGCCCAUUGCCAGGCUGGGGAACGUUCAGCGUAGCCAGGACGUCUCCUGGGCCCAGGGACUGCGCUGGGGCUGGGGCUGGGGCGGGAGAAGGGUGGGUGGAGAGGAAGUGCUGCUCCCCGGCUCUUGGAACCUGGACUCAGUUCUCCGGAGGCUCCUACUGAUGUUUAUUUCCAAGUGUUUCCCUCAUGUUUUAAUGAUUGAAAAUGUGGCAGCAGCACAAAACGACCAGAGUCCCACUGUCCUCUGCCUGGCCUGUGCGUUAGUCAUCGGGACCAGCUGAGAUUCGGCAAAAUUCACCAACAUGGCUUCAGCCAAACUAGCUCAGCAGCUUCGUGACUAAAGGCGUUGUUGUAAUAGGGGGUGCCCGACUGGGUGUCAGGCCCGGCCUUUGCCUCAGUUUCCCUUUGUGGAGAUCUCCAGCCAGACUCUUGUUAGUCAAGUAAGCCUUCCCCUGCUUGCCAGUGUCUCAGCCCCUGCUGCUGGUGUUCCCUCCAGCCUGUUCCUCUUUGGGCUUCUGCCCCUUGCUGCCAGCAGCUCCAGCUUGGCAUGGCUCGCCCUCACCGAGCUGCCAGUUGGCCUGUAGGUGUCACCUGACCCCAGACCUGGUACCUGGGUGGCAGCCAAGUACUUGCAGGUGGGGCGAAGGCCAGCCCACGCUGCGACAGUCAUUUGGAUUAGCCAGCAAGGAACGUGGCUUCUUUGCUCGAGACGCUGACGCAACCUCCCCC